CAGCAGCACGACGAGCCCGUGAUUCCCUUCAGCCCCGGCGACCGCAUCCUGCUGGUGGGCGAGGGCGAUCUGAGCUUUGCCGCGUCCAUCAUCGAGCACCACGGCUGCACAAACGUCACGGCCACCGUCUUGGAAAAGGACCAUGCCGAGCUGCUAGCAAAGUACCCCGCCGUGGAUACCAACAUUGCCCGCAGCAAGGCGGCCGUCGUCAACAACAAGCUGGUCUACAACGUCGACGCCACCAAGCUCCCUCCCUCGGUUGCCCGCACUCCCCACGACCGAAUCAUCUUCAACUUCCCCCACGUCGGCGGCAAGUCCACAGACGUCAACCGCCAGGUCCGCUACAACCAGGAGCUCCUCGUCUCCUUCUUCCAGCGCGCCCUCUCCUCGCCCGCCGCACCCCUCGCCCGCGGCGGCUCCAUCGUCGUCACCCUCUUCGAGAGCGAGCCCUACACCCUCUGGAACAUCCGCGACCUCGGCCGCCACGCAGGCCUCCAGCUCGAGCGCAGCUUCCGCUUCCAGGCCGACGUCUACCCGGGCUAUCACCACGCCCGCACUUUUGGCGUCGUGAGGAACAAGAAGGGAGAGGAGAGCUCUGGCUGGAAGGGCGAAGACAGGCCCGCGCGGAGCUACGUCUUU